AUGUCGGCAGACCUCUUCCCCCAAUCUGCCUACUCGCGCUCGUCCUACCCGUCGCGCGCCGACCAGCCAUACUCCCUCCCCGCCUCCUCCUCCGUCGUCUACCCGCCCCAGCUCCUCCCCACCCAGCCUUCCCUCUCCGAGCCCCACUCCCCCGACGCGAGCUCCCACCCGUCCCCGCGCGACUCCCAGUCGCCCAAGCAGGAGAACGCAGUCGCCCAAAAGCAAGAUGGCUCCGCCCAGCAGCAGCCCGCUAAGCCCCAGGCCACCUUCCUCACGAAGCUUUACGCCCUCCUCGAGCGGCCAGAGAACCACCACAUGAUCCGCUGGGAUCAAGCCGGCGAACACAUCAUCGUCGAGCGGCCAGAGCAGCUCGCACUCCAUGUCUUGCCCUCUGUCUACCGCCAAUCCCGGUUCGCGAGCUUCUCGCGCCAGCUUAAUAUCUAUGGUUUCAUGCGCAAGGUCAACCUCCGCAACGUCGACCCCGCCAUCGAGGAUCCCGACGCGAGCACUUGGUCCCACCCCACCCUCAACCGGCACUCGUCCCCCGACGUCGUCGCCAACUUCAAGCGUCGCGUCCCCCCGCGCCUUCCCAAGCCUCGCAAGCGCGACAACGACCUCGCCCAGCUCCCUCCGCCUCGCUCCGCGAUCGGUACGGGCCAUCUCCCCCUCUCAAUCCCUGCGGGUGAUUUAUCACCUUACAAAGGUGGCCGCGCGCGAGGGUUCUCCGCCCCUGGUUCGUUCACCCCGCUCGGCCAGCCUGGUGCGGGCCCGUGGGGCACGAGCUACCCGCGCUCGACUCUCCCGCCUCUCAAUGUCCCCUCCGACGCACCCUCGCUCUCCUCCCAUGGGAGCUUGUACUCCCAAUCGUCGCAUACCCUCCAUCCCGUUUCUCCCACCGAAGAUACCCAAUCCUCCGGCUUCAGCUCGAUGACCUACUCCAGCUCCGGACGCGAGUCUAUGAUGUUGCCUUCCCCGUCAUCCUACCAAUACCCCGACCAGCAGAGCAACUGGUCUUUCUCUCCAAGCAGCGCGUCGAACGCGCAUUCCUCUGGUUCGCUCUCCAGUCUUCUCAACCCUAGCAGCAACGGAUACUCGGGCUCAGCGCGGCCACAACCGUCUGCCAUCAACACGUACUCGUCCUCGUCUUAUGCACCCAUUGGCCGCGGCCAUCACAGCGCGGGUCCCGUCUCUCCGGACAGCAGGCCGACCUCGGGUUAUUCGGCCUCUUCCAUGUCUUCCCUGCCGACCCCGUACGAGGACUCCAACGCCGGUCACUACUCGCACGACUACUCGAGGCCGGGGUCUGGUCACCAUCGUCCGAUGAGCCCGUCGUCGUCCAGGCCGCCUUCGUCCAAGUCCUACGCCAACGGUAGCGGACUCAGCAUCCGCCGCGAGAGGCGCCACAGCCAAGCCAUGUCGCCUUACCCCUCCCCCUACUCCGAGCACCCGUCUCAACGGCCGUCGACUUCGCCCCAUCCUCCCGACGACCAUGGUUCCAGCGGUGCGAUUCCUCGCGUCCGGAGCAUGAUUCAGCUCCCUUCGGUGGAGGCCUCGUACUCUUUCAACCCUGCGCAGGGUGACUUCGCGUACGCGGUCGACGAGAACGGCAGCCACGGCUCGGGCUUGUACGGUGCGAUGCCCAGCCGCAGCGUGCGCCCCUCCACGAGCGCUUCAUCGCUGAGUACAACCAGCUCCGCUGCGAACACCCCCGGUGCCGACGGUUACGGCAACGGCGCAGGGGAAGCGGAUAUCACCCGAUAUUCACCCGACUACGGCUUCGUGCCGAUGAAUGAGCACCUCCCGCAGUACUCCAAGUCGGAGCUCUGA